AUGUCAUUGGUAUUACUAGUUCCUUCACACACCACACACUACUUGCAGCCGCUAGAUGUGCACAUUAUUGGGCCAGUGAAAGAAAAGGUGACCAGUCUGGCGUCAAGUGUUGGGUUUUCUAAACCCCACACUUCUAUAGGAAAGGCGCGAUUACCAGUUCUAGUGUGUUAUGCCAUUGAUCAAACCCCACCUUCAACUGUAAAAGAGGCGUUCCGGUUGGCUGGUAUAACUUUUGCAGGAGCUGAUCAGCCAAAGGAUGGCGAAAGCUCUCACGAAUCUAGUACCAGGACAUGUGAGACAUGUGGACAAUUUAUAGGUCAGAAUCCACUUGUGAAAAGGGGGAUGAUUCCACCAUCUCUGGCCGAAAUUCUGGUGCCGCCUCCUGUGAAACCACAGACAGAGAAUAAAAAACGCAAAGUUGUGACUUCCGGAAGAGUUAUUUCGGGAGAUGAAAUGCUGAAAGUGUUGAAGGAAAGGGAAGAAGCUGAAGUAAGGCGCGAGGAGGAAAAAAAGAAGCGGCAGAUAGAGAAAGAAUCAAGGAGAGAACAGAAAGAGAUAGAACAGGAGAUGAGAACGACGAAGAGGCAGAAGAAAGAACAGGAGAGAAGUGAAAGGAAGUUGGCAAAAUUAAGAGAGAAUGAGAAAAAGAUCAAGUUCGGAAAAGUGGCAGAAAAAAAGUAUACGUGUGGAGUGAGAGGUAGAGUAAAUGACGAGUUGUAUGGUGUUGAAUGGUACGGAUGUGACAAUGAGGAUUGUAAAUCGACUGGGUGGUUCCAUUUUGAGUGUUUGAGUGAGGGGGAAAGGGAUGUGAUCAGAGACAGUUUGGAGGAUGAAGACGUAAGGUGGUUUUGCAAGACUUGUUUCCCCCGAUUUUAUGAAGAGGAAUAAAUGAAUGUAGAUAGUUAUCACAUUUGACUCUGUGGCAGUGUAAUAAAGGCCAUACAUAAAAAUGAUACUACCUAUAUACACGUACUAGUGUAAAGCUUUGACGCUGUUUACAAUUUUAAUGUUAAGUAUGUUUUAGGUGUUCAGGUGUUUAUUGUUGUUUGUUAAUUUAUUAAUGAAGACGAUUUUGUGUGGAACGGUUAAAUGUAUUUUUAGGUGCCGAAACUUUGGAUAGCUUUACCGGACUGAUAUUAUAGAACUUGCAUUAAUUGAUCACUCUGCUCCUCGGUUAUUUUUUUUUUUUUGUACACUCUCAUCAUCAAAAUUUACACUUUUGAAUGGUCAAUAACAGCUCUUUGUGUAUUUUUUUCUUUAUGGACGUCAUUUUUAUUUUACAUUACUCACAACUUAAUCAGUUUUUUUCUUUUGCUUUUAAUUAACCAUGGUCAUUUCUUGUAUGUUCAGAUUAAAAAGUAAUAUUUUUGCAGGACAAGAUAAUAUUUCGUGUGCUAUAUCAUUGAGCAAUUUCAACACUUGCCAUUAUUGCGAUUUAAAACAAAUUAUCAUGUAUUGGUAUUCAUACAAGGUCGUUUCUCAUUUUCAUAGAACAUUUUUUCUGUUGGUAAAUUAUGGAAAAUAAGCUUUCAUUUAUGGUUCUAUUGCGUGAUAAACUCAUUAAUAUUCAAAUGUGACUUUGUGAAAUCUGACCAGUCAGUCACGUGAACUGACAAGAUAAAGAUUAGCUGCCAAUCUUUGUUAAUUAUAGUUUUAAUUCCACUUACCUUUAUGUGUAGUGAUUGUAUAAAGCAUUGUGAAUUCUUAUUUAAUCAAAUUAAACCUAUAACAUUAUUUGUAAUAUUUAUAUGUUGUUUAAUUCGUCAUUUUCAAAUAUUUCAUAGUUUGAGAUACUUAGUAUCAAAUACAAGAAUGAACUUUU